UUAUCCUCACUGCCGCUCUUCCUCUCACUAUCGCGACUCGGGAUGAAGUUAACGACACUGUGCACGUUUUUGACCUUGUUGGCCUCGUGCAGCCUCUCUCGGGAGGGGAACGAGGGAUUCGGGCCAUGCGCUGCCACCCUGCGGGCCGGGGGGCCGUGCGGGCCGGGGCGGGCCGGCUGCCCUUACGUCUUGAGCCUGCCGCCGAUGACUGUGCACCUGCCGGAAAAGCUCAGGGAUCUGGAAAAGCUGGUGAAGGACUUACAGACGCUGAAGGACGACGUGGAACAGCUGAGGAAGAUGUGCGGCGACAGCGGGAUACACCGAGGCACCAGGUACGACGAGGAGGGACACUCUGAGACACAAGAUUUAGAUGUAAGGGACGGGCAGGGAAAGACAGUGGCAGGCUCCAUGUGCGUUGUAGAAAUAAGUGGUAAAGAAGUAACUGUAAAGGAAGCAGCUGGAAAAGAUGAGAGGGGAGAAAAUGAACACACCAACGAGGAUAGUGGAAAAGAGAUUAGAAAUAAUGAAGAGCAUCAAGUGUGGCCAGAUGAAACAAAUGCCAAGGAGAAAAGGACACCAAUAAAGAUGCUGCAGAACCAUGGGAGGCAGGAUCAAGGGAAGAUUUGGGAGGAGAAGAAAAAGGAAAUGGAAAGGGGGAUAAAAGCGGGGCAGAGUAAUGAGAAACCAAAACAGACGGCAAACAGAGGGCUCGAGGACAAAAGCGAGCCUAUAAAAAAAGACGAGGAGGUAGCGGAGGAGAAGGUGGACAAAGAAACGGGAAGGGUGGAAACAGAGAGAGGAAAAGCAGUGGAGAAUGUGCAGAGAGACGGUGACGGAGAAUCAGCACCCAGUAAAGCGACUAAGAGGACAGACUUUGUUUCAAUCAGCCCGGCUCCUGUGUUGACGUUUAGCUCGGCUCAAAGGCCCGAGCUUGUGGACUUGGAUGAGGCUGAGAGCAUCACGUCAUCGCUUCCAUCUCCUCCCUUCUCCGGCUCCACUUCCCAUUACUUCCCGGCUAUUAAUCCAACAAGAAGUCAAACAACUUCGACUGAAUCAACCACCCAAAGUCACCCAAGCUCAAGUUCAAGCGCGAUCAUUCCUCGUCACGACCUCCACACGACUAUUUCCCCUGAGGCCACAGAACGCAGCAGGUGGCCGAGCACCGACACCGGCUUGAAGCACCUACCAGGCCUGAAAGCCAAGUCGGAGGGAAAGCAUAAACCUGGAACAAAGCCUGACGCAAACAACAAGCCGAAGGACUCCAAGGACGACCAUAAACCGGACAGUCAAACAAAACAAAAAAUGUCUCAACUGAAAAACAAAGCAGCGAUGAAACUGAAACCUGGGAAUGACACAAAAUGGGUACAAAUUCCAAAAGCUGAUAACUGGACAACUGAUCCCCACCUCAAAAGCCUAAAACCAAAACAUGGUCAAGACAGGACGACUAAUCUACAGCAGGUAGCAACUGACCAACAAGCAAGACCUGCGACCGACGAAGAACCCGAAUCAGACCAAACCCCGAUGUUGAAUAAAAACUCUAAACCUAACAAAAGACCUGUUCAUCCUGUUAAAACCAGUAAGACUGACCAGAAGAAAAAAACUGACAAAAAGCUAAAAAUUGACACAAAACAAAAAGUUGAUCAAAAUAAAGAAAAGCAACAUUUCACACCAGAACUGCCUACAGAUUCUGAAAAAACACAAAAACUGAUGGAAUCCAUUCAUUCUAAUUCUUCUGGAAACUCUGAGUCACAAAACACAUUUACAGCUAAUCCCAAUCAAAGGCUGACAUCCAGCCAGAAAAGUCCCAUUAUUAACAGAAAGCCCAAAACUGGUCAGUUGCCCAAACUUAACCAAAAGCAGCCCAAACCUGCGAAAGACCAAAACACUAAAGCUAAUGUGAAGUCAAAAGCCAGCCAAAUACUUCCUGAUACCGAUCAGAAAUCUGCAUCUAAUCAAAGUCCUGGUGAGAACUCCAACAAAAGAUCUGAGCCCUGGUCUCCCUCAAGUGACAGACCACCAACCAGACCGACGCUGGAGCCAGGUGCAACACCAGCUGAACCAAACCAGCACACCACAACCGACCAACCUCCCCAUUUUACUAAGACGAAAGGCAGUUUUUACAACGCUCACCUUCCACUCGCUCCCAGUCUUGUUCCACAGAUGACUGACGUGAGUCAUUCCCGAGUGGACACAGAGUUCAAGCCCAGCAUGAUGAAAACCGUCACUCCAAAGACCUUCGAGAGCCUUCACGGUCUCCCGAUGGGCCCAAACAGUGGCGUGGUGUCUGAUCCGAAGCCACAAACAACCAAUCAACCAUCACUGGUUCCAAUGUCAACAAGACCGACCCUGCUUCACAGUGUUAUUCCGAGCAACAAUCCAGGCCCCGCAAAGCCAAAUCUGCAUGCUACAGAUGAAGCAGCACCCCCACAAAAGACCAUCCAACCCCAGACCACCUCCAGCUAUGACUUCAGGUCAACAGCCACCCCUGACGCCAAGGCCCAACCGGCUGCCGAGUCGUCUACGUCAAGUGCUCGCGAGCUGCGCGUGAAAAUCAAGCAAGUGGCUGCUGCGUUCUUUAACAGUAGCCAAGUCGGUCCGAACGGAAGACCACCAGUGGGCAGGCAGCCUGAAGAUCUAUCAGAGGAUAAUGAAGGUGAAAGAAGGCCACCCAGUGGAUCACUGAAGCUGAGACCAUCUGAAGGUGCAGUUUCCAUGGUGAAGAGGGAUUGCUCGGACCACCUAGUCAGAGGCAGGGAGAUGAAGAGCGGCAUCUACCAAGUGACUCCAGAUCUCCAUGGAGGUAGCAGUUUUCUGGUCUGGUGUGACAUGGAGGUGCAGGGCGGAGGAUGGACCCUCCUGCAACUGCGGCAAGACGGCGGCGUCACCUUCAACCGCACCUGGGUCGAGUACCGAUCGGGCUUUGGGGAGCUGCUGAACGGAGGAGAGUUCUGGCUGGGGAACCAACACAUGCAUCUCCUGACCCGGGACAGGGACAUGACCCUGCGGGUGGAGCUGGAGGACUUCUCCAGGGUGGCGGGGUACGCCGAGUACGAGCACUUUAGGGUUGCGAGUGAAAGGAUGCGCUACAGGCUGACAGUGGGGGGUUAUUCCGGCACGGCGGGGGACGCACUCCGCUUCGGCUCCAGUUACGACCACAACAACCGGCCCUUCACCACCCCAGACCGGGACAAUGACCGAUACCCAUCUGGGAACUGCGGGGCUUACUACAGCUCUGGCUGGUGGUUUGAUGCAUGCAUGGCUGCAAACCUCAAUGGAAGGUACUAUGUUGGGAAGUACAAGGGGGUACGGGAUGGGAUCUACUGGGGGGCCUGGCAUAAUAUUUCCACCGAAUUCUACCCCACAAAUGAAAGGCAGUCCUUUAAAACGGUCAGGAUGAUGAUCAGACCGAAGGGAUUUUUAUCAUGAACAUAUUAUUGUUAUUAUACACCACUCACACAAAGUUCGUCAUACUAGGAUUUCAGGUGAAAUUUAAGGAUGACGCAAAAAAAAAAACUGUUUGCCGUGCAGGCAUUUAAAAGUUUACGAAAGGCCAAACUGAGCUUACCUUUUAAAGGUUAUAGCGCAUUUUAGGUUCAUCCUGAAAUUUCCCCCUGAAGCCAAAUACCCCUAUCUUUUAGUAGUAGUAUAUGUUCAUAUCAAUCACAUCAACAGUCAGUUUGCACCAUUCAAUAACUCAAAACAAAACAGUACUCACGACACACCUGCUUGACUCUUUGGUGCAAUAACGCCACCUAGUGGAAAUUUCUGAUACUGCAGUUAAUUGUGUGCUGAUAAAACAGGGUCCUCGGUUUAUAACAUUAAAUAUUUGUAUGAAGAACAGAUCGAAGUCAUAAAUAUUAAUCAAAUGAACAAAACAGUAAGUACGGUGGCAACUGAGCGUGAACCGAGAACCCCUGUAAUGUGAUAAUUGAGGAUGUACAUAGUGUUUUUUAAUAGAAGAUAUUGGGUCUUCUCAAUUUUUUUUAAACAAAUGUGAUAUACAUUACGUUUCAAACCAGUGUGCGAUUUCUUGUAAUUGACUAUUUUCCUUAUAUUGUUUAUUGAUCAGAUGAUGCUUGAAAGUGUUUGAAAGGUUGUUACUUGUUCUUGCUACCUUUUAUUCUACACCAAAGAACAAACAUACUGCAAAUUAA